GUUUCCGCAUACUUUUAUCCGUGUUUAUCGACACCAUUACCUUACAUAACAACUUAACUUUAUUUCACGACGCACUCCAACUUGAUUUCUCCGCUGAAGCUGCACAGACAGGGGUCUAUCAGUACACACCCAAAUACUGCAAAAAUGUCUGAAAAAGUUGUGCUUUACUACCUUAAUGGUAGAGGGAAAAUGGAGUCUAUCCGUUGGCUUUUGGCAGCUGCAGGAGUCGAGUUUGAUGAGAUUUUUCUGACAACUCGUGACCAGUAUUUGAAACUCAUGAGUGAUGGAGCUCUGAUGUUUCAGCAGGUUCCCAUGGUGGAAAUUGAUGGCAUGAAACUAAUUCAGACAAAAGCAAUCUUGAAUUACAUCGCAGAGAAGUACAAUCUCCAUGGAAAAGAUCUGAAAGACCGAGUCAUGAUCAACAUGUACUCAGAGGGACUGAUGGAUCUCAUGGAAAUGAUCGUGAUGUUGAUGUUCACCGCAGAUCCAAAACCAAAACUAGAGCAAAUUGAGAGUAAAGCAAAAGAGCGCUACCUUCCUGUGUUUGAAAAGGCGCUGACUGGGCCUAUGUACCUGGUGGGAGGUAAGCUGAGCUGUGCAGACGUGCAGCUGCUUGAAUGCACGCUGAUGUUGGAGGAGAAAUUCGCUGGAAUCCUUGCUGACUUUCCCAACGUCAAGUCUUUCCAGGGCAGGAUGACACAGAUUCCCGCCAUCAGCAGGUUCCUGCAGCCAGGCAGCAAGAGGAAGCCGCAGCCAGACGCUGAGUUCGUGAAGACUGUUAUGAAGAUCUUCAACAUCACACGACCACUCCAGUGAACUCUACAUUCUUCACACCGGCAGUGUGAAUGAUUCACCGUUUCGUUGGUUAUGAAGAGGAAGCAAUCAAGCUUCAGUUCCCCAUCUAUGCUCUGGCCAAAGCAUGACCUCGAGUGUGAUACUGCUUAAUUGACAACUAACAGGGAUGUUUUCAUUGUCGUGGCUGUAUGAAGCCACAAGUCAAAGGAAAAGAAGGAAACGUUCACAGCAGACCAACACUAUUUCAACUUUUCAUCUGCUACAUAACAACAUCUAUAGGGCCUCCAGUGAAACAGGGAGACGCACAAGCUACAUGCUUAACCAUGCAAAAAGUGACAACACAUCUGUGCUUUAACAGUGUCAUCCUAAUUAAUACGGUAUUCAAAAAGUGAUGAAGAUGACAGAGGUACAAGACGUGGUCAUACAGCAGUGAUGCCAGAGGAGGAUCUUUCUUACAGCUGAAAGAGGUCCUAGCUAAGCCCCUGAUGUCCUAAAAUCCUAGAAAUGUCCUAUAGUCCUAGAAACAUGUAUGGGGCUGCUGUGAUUGGUCCCCGGCCCCCUGCAUUUUGCAAAAGUGGCCAGCAGGCAAAGCAAACUGAGUUGGAUUAUCAAUAAAUACAUUGAUUCCAUUUUUAAUGCAACAGUUUACAGUGCUUAAUCAAUACCUUAUCAAUCGAUAAAAUAAGUCUUCUGAACAAUAAAGUGAACAAAACUAGUCAGAGAACCACAUAGAUAAUAACUAAACCUAAUCCAAAGGAACCCUGAUUCCCCCCAUAAUAUCAGAGCUCUCGGUUUGGUCUGUGAUGGUUUUCUUCAGCCAGGCUCUGCCCUCAGCCCCAUUUUUGGCCGACUCCAACCUGGAGGUGAACAUAGUUGAACUUGGGUAACUCAAAGACAAAGAUAAAGGAAUCAAUAACUUACAAAAGCAAACAGCAACAUGACAAAACAAUGUAAACUAAGUGUGCAUGCUUCAUAUAGAAAACUGUAUGGUCAACAAGCUGAUUAAUCACUUUUAAACUAAACAGACUUGGUUUGUAUGUAAUUUAAGUGACUGCAAAUUAAAGGGAACUGAACAUGUGGUAA